AAUCAACAAGAUUUCGAAACUGCCGAUGAUCCCACUGGCGGAUACGUAAAUUAUGUAUCAAAAUCAGAUGCUCAAUCUUUAUCUCUAGUGGACAUACAGUCCUCAGGGGAAUUCGUGAUGAGGGCAGAUUCGGAUAAUCAGGCUUCUGGAAGAGGUAGGAAUAGUGUGAGGAUAAGUAGUAAAGAUAAAUUUGGAGAUGGAGUGUACAUUUUGGACGUAAAUCAUAUGCCUGUGGGGUGUGGAACCUGGCCAGCAUUCUGGACCACCACCAAAACAGGUUGGCCAUCCGGCGGAGAGAUAGAUAUCUUGGAAGUACGCAAUACAGCUUCUUUACAUACUGCGGAUAAUUGUGUCUUGCCUAGUGGGACUUAUCAAACUGGUGAAUUGGGAAGAUCGGUAUGUGCGGCAGAUCUCUCUGGUAACACUGGGUGUGGAGUCGAGUUGGGAGGACAAGAUGUUUAUGGAGUGGAUAGUUUUGGUCAUGGAGUGAAUGAAGUAAGUGGAGGAUGGUAUGCUAUGUGGAGGGACGUGCAAAAUUCGGGCGGUGUAUACGUCUACUACUGGCCUCGAAACGCUACAAACGUUCCUGAUGAUGUCAAAAAUGUCAAUACGGUCAGUACGAACGUAGCUGGGUGGGGUGAACCCAGUGCGAAUUUAUCAAUCCCUACGUGUAAAGGUGAUUUCAACGAUCAUGUUAUCGUUUUUAACCUAGCUUUCUGUGGAGAUUACGCCGAAGGAACGUACACGACUUCUGGAUGUCCUUCCACAUGUUCAUCAUUCGUCAUGAAUCACCCUCAAGCUUUCACCUCGGCUUACUGGUCUAUAAACUCUCUGCGAGUUUACACAUCUUCUGGUAAACCUGCAUCGGGAGGUGGAUUAUCAACGGGUUCUAUAGUUGGUAUCGUCGUUGGUGUCGUUGUUGGUGUUUGUAUCUUAUUCGUGGGCUUUUUAGUGUGUAGAAGACGACGGAUGGCUGGGUGA